GCCGAGCCGGGGGACGCGGGGCCUCGGUGGCUCCGCCCGGCCCGGGGUCGCCCAGCCUCUCCCAGGGCCGGGCCCGCGGCCAGCGGCGCAGGGAAGAAAGUUUUGCAGCGCCAGGGACGUCGGGCGGAAGGAGCCGGAGGGGACCGGUCUCCACCGCAAGUCGAUCGCUGUCGCCGCGUCCCCAGGGCGCGCCCCGUCUCCACCGCAGCCGGGACUUCGGCCCCCGAGGCGGAACCGGCCUCCCCGUCCGGGUGUGAGGCUCGCCCGGGCCGGGAGGGACCCGUCCCGCCCGCUGUCGCCGGCCUCAUUGUCUGCAGGAACUCUCCGGAGUCGGGAGGGGGGGGACUGGGUCGCAACUCCGCGGGGACUCGGCCCGAGUUCCGGCGGCAGCUGCGGCGCGGGGAGCCUCCCUUUGUCCUCGCAGGGCCUCCCUCUCUCUGCCCGCGCUCCCUCCGCUGUCACUCGCGGUCCCCGCCGUCCCAGGCCCGGGGCUCCGCGCCCAGGAGGGAGGCGCAGGCCCCGGCCGCAGGAUGGUGGCGGGCCGGGCCCGGGGCUGGCUGGUCCCCGCGCUGUGGCUGCUGGCGCUCGGCCGUCCCGGGGGACUGUCGCGCGCCCAGGAGCAGCCGUCCUGCCGGAGAGCCUUCGAUCUCUACUUCGUCCUGGACAAGUCUGGGAGCGUGGCGAAUAACUGGAUUGAAAUCUACGAUUUUGUCCAGCAGCUUGCAGAGAGAUUCGUGAGCCCUGAAAUGAGAUUAUCUUUCAUUGUGUUUUCUUCCCAAGCAACCAUUAUUUUGCCAUUAACUGGAGACAGAGGCAAAAUCAGUAAAGGCUUGGAGGAUUUGAAAAGUGUUAGCCCAGUAGGAGAGACUUAUAUCCACGAAGGACUAAAGCUAGCAAAUGAACAAAUUCAGAAAGCAGGAGGCUUAAAAACCUCCAGUAUCAUAAUUGCACUGACAGAUGGGAAGUUGGACGGUUUGGUGCCAUCGUAUGCAGAGAAAGAGGCAAAGUUAUCCAGGUCACUUGGGGCUAGUGUUUACUGUGUUGGUGUCCUUGAUUUUGAACAAGCUCAGCUCGAAAGAAUUGCGGAUUCCAAAGAACAAGUCUUUCCUGUCAAAGGUGGAUUUCAAGCUCUUAAAGGAAUAAUUAAUUCUAUACUAGCUCAGUCAUGUACCGAAAUCCUGGAACUGAGGCCCUCAAGUGUCUGUGUUGGGGAGGAAUUUCAGAUUGUUUUAAAUGGAAGAGGAUUCACGCUGGGGAGCCGGAACGGCAGCGCUCUCUGCACUUACACCGUGAAUGGAACGUACACCAAGAGUGUAAAACCAGUAAGCGUGCAGCUGAAUUCUAUGCUUUGUCCUGCACCUAUCCUGAAUAAAGCUGGAGAGACUCUUGAUGUUUCAGUGAGCUUUAAUGGAGGAAAAUCUGUCAUCUCCAGCUCAUUAAUUAUCACAGCCACAGAAUGUUCCAGUGGGAUCGCAGCCAUCAUUGUCAUUCUGGUGUUACUGCUGCUGGUGGGCAUCGCUUUGAUGUGGUGGUUUUGGCCCCUUUGCUGCAAAGUGGUUAUCAAGGAUCCUCCUCCACCACCACCACCUGCACCAAAAGAGGAGGAAGAAGAACCUCUGCCUACUAAGAAAUGGCCAACUGUGGACGCUUCGUAUUACGGUGGUCGAGGGGUUGGAGGAAUUAAAAGGAUGGAGGUCCGCUGGGGUGAUAAAGGCUCCACCGAGGAAGGCGCCAGGCUCGAGAAAGCCAAGAACGCCGUGGUGAAGAUUCCGGAAGAAGCCGAGGAGCCGCCCCGGCCCCGGCCCCCGCGGCCCAGGCCCGCCCACCAGCCCCCGCAGACCAAGUGGUACACGCCCAUCAAGGGUCGUCUCGAUGCGCUCUGGGCCUUGUUGCGGCGACAGUACGACCGGGUCUCCUUGAUGCGACCUCAGGAAGGAGACGAGGGCCGGUGCAUAAACUUCUCUCGAGUUCCGUCCCAGUGAAGGGGGAGCCGGAAGACCAAGAAGGUACGAAGACGGCACGUUUUUCACACUGCUGAUUUCCAACCAAAGGGGAAAAUCAAGUGCAUUUCAGAGCUUUUGGAAGAGCAGCUUAAUUCCUCUCAGUCGGGAAGUGUUUUCUGUGCCUUCUGCUUUGCUUGAACCAAACAUUUUCAAACACUUGUUCUGCCAUCUACAUGGGAGGUGAUGAAAGUCAGUGGUAACUCACGAUGCAUGACGUUGAAAAGAGAGAGUAACGUUGACCUGCCUGCUGUGGUUUAUACGAGAAAGUUGGUUGGAAUGUGUGGAAGAGGAAAAAGCAACAACAUGAAGAGGAUGUCGAACCAGGGCCCAUAACACAAGCAGCCAUGAUGGGUGUUUAGUGGAGACAGGAGUGUUGUUGUUUUUUUUUUUUUUUACAUGGAAACAUGGCACUUGAGCUUUCGUAUGGCAAGAUCUGUAGCUGUGAGCAGGGUAGGAGAUUUCCCACCAGGCUCGGCAAACAAAGGAGCCCGUUGCCUUGUAGCUAUGUCACAUCACAAAGUCCUGCCAAGCCCCCGUCACAGUUGCCUUACGGGAAGUUUCUGACUGGAAAAUCUUGUCAUUUUAACACUGAAAAGUGCACACGCAUGACAAAAUGUAGACAGGAUGCCUCAAGGUAUUGGUAGCAAGCAAGAUUUUUGCCCUUUAGUUUUUGAAGACACCUUUCUUUCAUUAUGCACUCGGGACAAGGAAAUUAAUAGAGCGUUAUUCUGCAGGGAGACGGCCUCCAGCCAGAGAUGUGGCAUGGAGUUCAGGGGACUCGUGCUCCGAGAACUUGUCCCUGUGGCUGGUAGAUCCCCCCUUGUCCUGUGUUUGGGAUUUAGUAGUGCAUAAAGCAUUAGCAUCGGUAAACAUACCUAGGAGUUUUGUUUUGCCUUUAAUUUAAAGGAAGCAGUAACCACGAAGCUUCCGCUCAGGGUUUUUUCUUCCUUCAAGUCUCCAAGGGCUCUUCAGCGUCACAAGCCAGCAACUCUCUUUGCAUGAGAAUUUCAAAGUUUAAUUAAUAUAAUUAAAGGCAACAGCAAGCAGCAGCCUGUGAAGAUUUUGCUCAUCUUUUUUAUGCCUUUUGACAUUGAAUGACCUAUUACUGUAUGCGCCUUGCUUGGAUUUCGAAGGGGGGUGUACUCUACCUUGGUUGUGGAUUCAGUGCAGGAAAAAGACCUCCUUUCUUCAAUGUACGGAUUGAAUGUUUUCAGGAGGGCCGCCAUCCCGAAACAUCGAUGAUGCAUGUAUGCUAAUUUUUUAGAGAAACCACCAUCGUGUCAUGUCGAUGAUGCCAGGUUGUGUUAGCGUGAGCAGAAGCACCGGGGGGGAGGGAGGAAGGCAGCCGCUGAAGGAAAAGGCUCCAACGAUCUAGUCACUUUCGAUACUGUACUUGAGAGCGAAAUGGAUAUUCGAGUGGAGACCUGACAAAACGCGCCUGCUUUGAUGUGAACCGGUCUAGACAAUGACCAGUGGCCGGGUCAGUGGGAUGUCUCUCUGCGAGCACAGAGGCUCAUCAAGUGACACUAAAAAUAAGUUCAGCAACCAUCACAUGGGAAAGGAGAAGGCGAGCACUUCAUGUUCAGUGGGCAUGUGAGCGCACAAGACGGAGCGAGCGAUUCGGAGCGUCCUGGUAUAAUUACCCACUUUGUGCUCCUCAUGGAAAUUUCUAAGGACGGGAGUGAUUCUGUCGGUUGGUGUCCGGGUUUGUGGCACUGCUCCAAGAAGCCUUACGCACACACACACAUAUAAAAAAAUAUGUAUACCUAUGUAACCUCUAGCUUGAAACUUCUGCUCGAGUUUAUUUAUGUCACUGGCUGGCUGGAUCCAAAGUCAUGUGUCUCACAUAUUCAUAAAUAAAAUUUUUUUACCUGUG